AUGCCCUCCGAAGUCUCAGAUAUCAAGCAGUUCAUCGAGAUCUGCCGCCGCAAGGAUGCUUCAUCCGCGCGGAUAAAGAAGAACAAGAAGACCAACAACAUCAAGUUCAAGGUCCGAUGCCACCGCUACCUGUACACGCUCGUCCUCAAGGACUCGGAUAAGGCGGAGAAGCUGAAGCAGAGUUUGCCUCCUGGGCUUACGAUCAAUGAGGUGGGAACGAAGACGAAGGGCAAAUAG